GGACCUCAGAACAAGAGCAGGGAGAUACAGUAGAGACAUGGUAAUCUGGAACAGAGCUCCUUCACAACAAAGGAAACAGAACACUUAACUGGAUUUGUCUUAUUUUGGGGAGUUCUGUCCUGUGCCACCCUAGUGCUGAAAUUAUGGACCACUAUUCAGACCAGGGUUGCGACGGGAUUGAGCUGCUUGAUUUGCUGUUUGAUCAAAACAAUGGCAUCCUCCGUCACGAGGAGAUGGGACACCAUGACAACCAUGCCUGGCCAAUCCACGAGCCAAACGUGUGUCCAGCAGAGCAACAAAGCGAGGACAUCCUGAAUGCCCUCCUGAGUGGCAGUGGCUCAGUGUCGGGGUCCCCCCUGUGGUCUCCCUCUCCUAGUGACAGUGGCAUCAGUGAGGACCCGCACUCGGAUCAGAUGGACAGCCCCCAGCGCCCUGAGAGCCCUCCCAUGGAGCCCCACUGCAUCCCCCCUCAGCCACAAACCAAGGUUGUCCUGGAUGCCAACUUCUCCAUUGAUAUCAAUGGCUGGGACUCUGACUUCUACCCAGGCAGCACUGGGGGGACAGCGUGUUCCUCUGAUGCACACACAACCCAGCUGUCUUCUGGCUUCCCCCUCACUGUCAAGGACCUACUGCUCUCUGGCACAUCUGAUCCGCCCCCACAGCAUUCCCAACAGUCCUUCCAAGAGUUGAUUCUUAAUGAGGAUGAGAAAAAACUGCUGGCCAAGGAGGGGGUGACUCUGCCUAGCCAACUACCUCUCACAAAGUAUGAGGAGAGGAUUCUGAAGAAAAUUCGCAGAAAGAUCCGGAAUAAGCAGUCGGCUCAGGAGAGCAGGAAGAAGAAAAAGGAAUAUAUUGAUAGUCUGGAGAGCAGGAUGGCUGCCUGCAACACACACAACCAGGAGCUACAGAGGAAAGUGUUCCAGCUGGAGAAAUGCAAUACGUCUCUGAUGGGGCAGCUGCACAGGCUGCAGACUCUGGUCAUGGGCGGCUCCAAAAAGACCGCGCAGACUGGGACUUGUGUCCUGGUACUGCUCCUGUCCUUCUCCAUCAUCCUCUUCCCCAGCCUGAACCCUUUUGCCAAGGUCAGCCAAGGAGGGGACUUCAGCCCAGUGAGGGUCCAGUCACGGUCCCUGCACAACCUCCAGUCCUCCAGAGUGCUACAUGUGAUUGACCAGCUGUACCAAACUGCAGACGACAAGGCCAAGCCUCCAGACAACCAUGUCCUGGGAGACCAGGGUGUGGAUGCGAUUAUGUCUCUGCUGGGAAAACUGGGCACUGGUCACGGCAGACAAGGACUGCCUGACCCUAUGUCUCAGAAUAAUAGCAUGGAUGAGCAAGUCCAUUUCCAGGGAGACCCCAUUACUGGCCAUAUAGCUACAGUGACUUGGAAUCCACACCGCAGAGCCACACUACGCCCACAUGCUGAUGACAUGUGAUUUGGAGAGAGUAUCCCCAGCAGGAUUUCUCUGUUCUGCUCCCAUCUCCAGACACUUCAUAUCAUGAAACAGAGUAGCACACGCCUAAGGCUCUGGUUUACACUAUGAGUUGGGGAAUAAUAAAUACAUGAUUUUGCCUGUUAUAUUAUAUACUGUGUGUGUGUGUGUGUGUAUAUCCUUUUUUUUCUUGUUUGUUAUUCUGUUUUGUAUUGUUUUGAAUGCGGAAGACACAUUUCAGUUGCACAACUGACUAGGUAUCCCCCUUUCCCUUAUUUGACCAAGUUGACUUGAAUGACUUGUGUGUGUGUGUGCAUGUCCGCAGACGCACACCCCAACAUUUGUUUGUGUCAAUCGUUAUCUGCCGUGGUGCCUCUCAUCUCUCAGCCUUUAAUCAUGGGGAGAGUAGCUCAGCGACCAGCAUUUUUAAUCAGCUUCUCUGUGACCCACUUUGAUUGUUCAUCUUCCACCAGCAUAGUGGGAUAUGACCCGUGGUAGGAGAACUCUAAGUCAGACCCUGAGAGAGGGACAAAAAAAAGGACACAGUCAAAGAGAUGUCCUUGUUUUCACUUGUUUAAAGGGGCAAUCCAGGAUUGAAGCAUAUAUUUUUGGACUUUUAAAUUAACAUUACCAUUGAUUAUUUCAGAAUUGAAUUGAUAAAUGCUUCACGAGAUUAUUUAAACUCUCUUAACCCAUCAGGACCCAAAAUAUAAAUUUGACAUCAUUCAAACACUGUGUAGAUUCUCAUGGAUGGUCAGUCCAUGCAUCAAUAGCUCCUUGCAUCAAUAGUUCUGUCUAUGAAUUGGUGAGUGGUUACAUUACUCCAGCCCUAUCCCUCAGCUGUUUACCAAAACAAGUGGCAAAUCCCAGAUUGCCCCUUUAAUCCUGCAAAUUGCUUUUCUGUUUUAAAGUGCAUUGCUGAACCAGAUAAACACAGUGCUUGUAUUAAACUCCAUGAACAGCUA